UCAAAUUAAACGCAAGGUGGUUUGAGGUGGCUGGCGAUCUCGGUUGGAGUUGAAUUAUUUCCCGUCUCGUGUUAUAGAAUGGCAAACGUGUCAAACGAAAACGUGUGUCUGAUUAAAGACCUUAAACCUGGAUUAAAAAAUCUUAAUCUGGUUUUUAUCGUACUGGAAACUGGUCGAGUGUCUAAGACGAAGGAUGGACAUGAAGUGCGUUCGUGUAAAGUAGCUGACAGGACCGGAAGUAUUACAAUAUCAGUGUGGGACGAGGUGGGCAGCCUGAUACAAACAGGAGACAUCAUCCGACUCAAUCGAGGAUAUGCAUCUCUCUUCAAAGGCUGUCUUACACUGUAUAUUGGGAGAACUGGUGACCUUCAGAAGAUUGGAGAGUUUUGUAUGAUUUUCUCAGAGGUGCCAAAUUUCAGCGAGCCCAACCCAGAAGUGCUGGCAAAAAUCAACCAAAUCAACAACACCCACCAGGUAAAAACAGACGCUCAUGGCAGCACUCCUAGUAUAUCGAAUCCUGGGCCACCUGCUGGACCUACAGCAAAUGGCUCUGCCGUGUAUUCCCCUUCCCAUGUUCCCCGAGAGAUCUCCUUUGGUGGCGGUGGACGUCAUUUGAACCGCAGUCAUUAUAACAGUGGCGGUGCUCCUGCGGGUGGAGGACAGGGAUCAAAACCCACAGUCUCCAUCACCAAUGGACGGGAUCCUCGCCGAGCCUUGAAGAGAUGAGAACAAGAAAAAUAUAGUUCAGCGUGUUUUUAUUGGUUUAUUAUUUAACAAAUCUUUUAUUUGGUUGAUUGGUGAGUUAAGGGUUACUUGAAUUAUAAAUUGGAUCAUUUUGUUUUAUGGAUUGAUGGGAUAUUCUGCAGAACAAAUGUAUAUAAAUAAAGGCAGGUGAAAUCA